CACACACACACACACACACAUCCACAUGCACAUGCAGCAUAGUUCUAGUUAUCUUUAUACUGACCAACCUUAGUCCGUCUAGUCAUUUGUCCAAAACCAGUCUUGUUUUGUACACAAGGCAACUCAUCAGUCUGAACAUCUCUCCGUGCAGGUUGCAUGCAACAUGGACAACUUUGACACAUCAACCAUGUCUGACUACGAAGAUACCAAUUCUACAAUGACUUAUGUGCCACCAUGUGACAUGACGGACAUAACUAAUUUUAGUAAACAUUUAUUGCCACCAUUCUACAGUGUCAUAUUCAUUAUCAGUGUGCUAGGAAAUGGACUGGUGCUAUAUAUCCUUUUCAAGUUUGAAAAACCCAACACAGUCACUAAUAUAUUUCUCAUCAACCUGGUGGCUUCCGAUCUGAUUUUUACAAUUGGUCUCCCAUUCCAAGCUGUGUACCAUACCUCGGAGUGGUCAUUUGGCCAGGUGGGAUGCAAGUUGAUGAAUGGUACCUACCACCUUGGCUUCUACAGUUCUGUCCUCUUCCUCACUCUCAUGACUUUUGACCGUUACCUGGCCGUAGUGCAUGCUGUUGCUGCUGCAAAGUGGAGACAGAGCUGCUACGCCUACAUUUCAGCCACUGUUGUGUGGAUUGUUUGUGGCCUCACUAGUCUGGAGACUUUCCUCAAUCACGACAUAGUACAAGACAUUGUUCAGGGGUUAACCUGUACUGACAUGGGUGACCCUCAACAUAAGAUAAUGGGCACUUAUUCCCAGGUUGCACUUUUUUUCAUCUUCCCCUUAGUUGUUGUCUUGUAUUGCUACAUCAGGAUCGGCUUGAGGGUUCUCUCAACUCGAAUGAGGAGCAAACAAAGGCCUCUGAAGCUGAUUUUUAUCAUUGUGGUUCUAUUGUUCAUGUGCUGGACCCCAUAUAAUGUCAUAUUAGUGAUAAGAGAGAAUGAUAACGGGGACCCUUGUGAUUACAGUCUUGUCUAUCCGCAGUAUAUCACUCACAGCAUUGCCAAUUUAUACUUCGGUAUCAACCCUGUAUUCUAUACUUUUUUGGGUAGAAAAUUCCAGAACUAUGUGCACCGCUUCUUGUUGGAUCAGGUACCAUGUUUAAAAAAUUAUCUGGAUGUAAGUGAAAGCAACAGAUCAUUCUCCAGAUAGAACGUCUACGGGGGAAUGCAAAACGUUUACGGGAGAAUAAAUGAGGGACAUAUAACACUGUAAUGUGGUUUAGUGCAGUUUCAUAGCCAUAAUAUGACCAUUAGAGUAUAGGAAUAUAUGGCAUAUUUUCAAACUUGUGAAAAAAAAUCUUGACAAAAUUAAUGAAUUGAACAGUUUAUUUAAAAAAAAUGUAGUGUAUGUUACAGCAACAAAAGUGCUCAUCACUGUACAAUAUGGCACUUUUUUAAAUAGUUUAAUCUUCACACCGGCACACAAGAGUUCUCCAUAAAGAACCAACUGUAAAAACAUUUUAAUUAUUUUCACACAGAAUGUAUUUACUGAAUGUUUUUAAAAUUCAUGCAUUUUAUUAACUUGUUUUCUACCACUGGCAAACCCAUGUAUCUCUACAGCCCAAUUCACAUUCAAAACUAACUACAUUCAAGUUUGGUUAACAAACUGACAGGUUGUGUGUAGCACCAUGUGUGUAGGAAGAUCAUACCACAAACCCUGAAUUAAUAAUACGGACUGCCUAAUUAAAGUUUUUGGAUAAUAUCUGUGGAAGGCUUGAGUUUCCGCAAGGACACCAUGGGAUAUGGAGAAACAAGGCAAAAUGGAUUCAAUUUCCCUCUUAUAGUAUUUGCUAUUAUUUAGCCAUACAGAAAAGGUAGAAAGAUUAUGAACCAUUUUUUUUUCUUGUUUCUUUCUCAAUUACUGUAUGAUUCUGUAUGUAAUUAU